CGAGAAUAUAAGUAGUAGUGUCUGGCCUCUUUUUAUAUAUCAUUUUCUGCCACUAAAAUCAAGAUGUCCGUAACUCAAAUCCGUCCUCAAUAUCCGUACUCCAUUUCUCCUGCUCGAAGUCCAAACGAUAUCGAUACUAUCCGCAAUCUCAUCCUUACCUAUAGCCAAAGCCAGGUACCAAAACAAAUCCUAGUUCUUAUAUCAGAAGCAGCUUCUCUCCCUGGGCGUUACUUCCUACUAUAUGGAGAGAUGCUUCUUACCCGUACCCCUGAACAGGCUCCAAUCGGCUGGGUUGGGCUCCGUCCAUUUCCCGAGAUAUCAGAUUCCUAAGCUCCUGUAUAUAAUACAGAUAUUUGCCAAUUCAAACGACUAUUUGUUCUAGAGGAGUAUAGAGGGAAGGGAAUUGGGAAGGCGCUGGUACAGGAAGUUAUUAAGACGGCGAGAGAGAAGGGGUAUAAGGAGAUCAGGAUUUCCGCCGAGAUACAGC